AUGGAACGCAAGAGGGAUGAGGCCAUUAGGGCAAAAAGACUCGUUGAGAAGAAAUUGGCUGAUAAAGAUUUUGCUGCUUCAAAGAAAUAUACAGUAAAGGCCCAAACCAUGUGUCCUGAUCUUGAUGGCAUCUCUCAGAUGUCCACCAUUGUUGAUGUGUAUAUAUCUGCAGAAAACAAGUUAAAUGGUGAAGUCGAUUGGUAUGGGAUACUCGGUGUCAACCCGUGUGAUGAUGAUGAGACAAUCAGGAAACAGUAUAGAAAGCUGGCUCUCAUGCUGAACCCUGAUAAAAACAAAUCAGUUGGUGAAGAUGGAGCAUUUAAACUUAUUUCUGAAGCAUGGAGUUUGUUGUCUGACAAGGCUAAAAGAUCAACCUAUAACCAAAGGACGAAAGUUCCAUCAGCUUCCCCUGGUGCUGGUGUAAACAGUUUUGCAAAGCGUGCAACUUCAAAAGUACAAAAGUCCCACAGCUCCACCACUACUUUUUGGAUUGUUUGCCAUGGAUGCAGGAUGCAAUAUGAAUACCUAAAAAUAUACCUGAAUCAAACACUCCUAUGUCCCAAUUGCCAGGAGCCUUUUUUGGCUAAAGAGAGUGCACCACCUGUUACUUUUAAGAAAUCGGUUUCACACCAACACCAACAACAUCAGGAUUCAAUGAAGCAAUAUCAUUCAUCAAACAACACAAACACAGAUAGCUUCUGCAACACAGACCCUUCCAUUGCAUCACAAGCAGCAAAUGUUAUCCAGCGGGUGAAUGAGAGAUUGAAAAUAGAGCGUGAAGAGUUUUCCAUGGGAAACCACUCAAAAAAUAGAAAAGCAGAUGAGAAAAUCUAG